GGUGACAGUGACGCCGCCAUUCAAACCGCGGAGCAUGGCAUGUUGGGAUACCUUCCCCAUCAUGGCGGGGCAUCUAGUUGGCUAACGACUACGGUUAGCAUAUUCAGUGACUUCUUAGCAUCGGUCAAUUUGCAUUCAUUUGGCAUCCUCUACGCGGGAAGCACAGCCAUCCAACAUUAACCGGAGUUGAGAGAGGGAACAGCACACCAGUGACAUUGAAAGAAUCUUUUACAAGAUCAGCACAACAGCAUAAUGGAGUGUGCAGUGGACAUCCCCUCAGGUGAGGAGGAGGCACCUGAGAAAGAUGACAUGAAUGCCAAGGAAGAGCUUGAGCCUUCCCACAAGAAAAACAAGAAACACAGAAAACACAAGAGCAAGAAGAAGAAGAGGCGGAGGAAGGGCGAGAAGGAGAGUAGUUCAGAAUCUGGUGCCGAGUCAGAUGUUGAGCCUCCACCUCCACCGAGACCUGUCAGGACCACCAGAGCCAGUGCCAGACUGGCAGCAGCUGCAGGAAUUGGAGACCAAGGAAUCAAGGAAGAAAGCAAAAAGGAUCCAAUUACAGAUCGUGUUGAUACAGAGGGAGAGACAAAAUCCAAAAAACAAAAAAGGCAUGCAGCUAAAAAGAAGAAGAAAAAGAGAAAGAAAGAUGAAAAGCAGGAAAAGAAAUCCCCAUCUCGCUCCCCUUCUGAAAGCAGCUCUGCCUCAGGUUCAGACUCUGAAGGUGAAGGAGGCAAAGCAUCUGGUGGUGGUAAAUACUCUCCAGCUGUGGCAUCUGACCUCAAAGAACCAGUAUCCAGACUGGUUCCAAAAGGCAAACGAGGAGAGGAGAAACCCCUUCCCAUCAUUGAGCAGAAAUCUGAAUUGCUUGGGGUCAAAAAAGAAGAGACAUCAGAUAUCGAUGUGCCCACAACUGAGGCGCAGGACAGUAACAUUAAUGAAUUGGAAGAGAAGCCUAUGAGAUCACCUUCUGUAGACCAGGAAGAGGCAGUCCAGAUGGCAACAGUUAAAGUUAAAACAGAGUGCAGUCAGGGAGAUGGUACAUUCAGCCAUGCCCAGGAAUUGCCUGACAUAAUCCCAAAACAGGAAGGUGCUGCUCAAAGAGAUGACCCAGUACUGAAAGAUCAGACAAAUUCAAUUCAGAGGGCGAAAGUCACGGAGGAUGAAUUGCGUAAUUCUCCUUCACCUUCCAGAACCCUAGAAAUAAAGAAGUCUGAGUCAGGCCCAAGUCGGUCACCAUCACGUAGUCCCAGCAGGCAGGAGUCUCAGACAACAUCAUUAGUGAAAGAACGGUCAAGAACCCAUUCCAGGUCACCCUCAAAGGGAAAGCAGUCUGCAAGUCCUAUAAAGGACACCCGUUCUCGGUCCCGCUCUGAGACCCCUAAAUCCCAGACGAAGUCACUGUCUCCACCCCGCAAGUCUCCGAAAAGAGUAAGCCGUCGGUCCCGAUCCACUUCUCACUCUGUCACCCCUAAAAAGAAAGUGUCAAAGUCUCCAAGGAAGUCCAGGUCUCCGAAACGGCGGAGGAGUUCCCUAUCUGUUUCCCCAAAGCGUCGUCAUCCUUCUCCGUCUCCAAAAAGAAAGAUAUCACGGUCCCCUAAACGUGACAGGCGGAGGUCACCAUCUCUGUCUCGGUCUCCGAGGAGAAGUCGAAGGUCAAAGUCCCGUUCCCGUGGAGGCACGCGGCACUCCAGGACCCGCUCACCUCGACGAGGGGGUGGAGUUGGCAGACGUUCGCUGUCACGUUCAAUCACUAGACCCCGUCGCUCCCACUCUAGAUCCAGACGUCCCUUUGGCCGCUCCAGAUCACGGUCACCAGCAAGACGUACUGGAGGGAGACGCUCCAGGAGUCGAUCCUUGUCUCGGCGCAAGCGAUCACCACUCCCCAGAUCCCGUCGUUCAAGAUCUCGGUCGGUCCGCAGGAGCAGACGAACUCGGUCACGUUCUAUUGUAGUGCUAAAGCGCAAUCGUCGCUCCAGAUCCAGGAGUCCCCGCAAACGGACAAAAUCCAGGACCCCUCCCUCCAGACGGCGGUCUAAAUCCCGGUCUCCAGUCAGAAGGCGCUCUCGUUCCCCUGCUAAGAGAAACCGUUCACCACCACGGUCUAGUAGACGCUCUAGGUCUCGCUCAUUGUCUCGAAGACACCGGUUAAAGUCACAUUCACCACCGCCUAGCAAAAGGAGGUCCAAAACUCCUAGGAAGAGUGGAAGAAGAUCAAAGUCUAAAUCUGAGUCUGCUGACUGCAGGUCUAGGUCUGAAUCAAGUGGUGGGCUUUCUGACAGCUCAUCUCCAGCCAGAUCCACAUCUCCUUCCCCAGUUAAACAGAAGAAGCCCUCCUUGCUUAAGGUUGCUGGGGAAAAUGGAGGACUUGCAGCUACAGAAGGUGCUUGGAAGCCUGUACUCCCAGCAACAGCUUCCAGCUCUGAAAUUGGGAAUUCUUCAGAAAAGUUGCAGGAUCAGCUUGUUAAUCGGACAAGUUCAGAUUCUCCUCAAAAAGGGGGGGAUGCUUCCAGGUCCAGGUCUGUUUCUCAAGAGCCUGGGACUGGCACGGAUGGGUCAGAUUGUUCGGAAGGCUCAGAUGAGGAAGAGGAAUCUCCAGUUAAAACCGGAUCCAAAAGCCAGAGAAGCUCCUCACGUUCAGCAUCUCCAGAAGUACAGAAGAAGCAGCUUUCCCCAUCUCCCUCACCCGCGGAGCGCAGAAAACUUUCUCGUUCAACUUCAUCACCUCGGCGUUCAGCAUCAAAGUCUACAUCCAGAAGAAAACUGUCCAGGUCCAAGUCUCCAGUGAAGAAAAGAGAAUCUGUUUCUCCAUCAGAGAGGAAGAAGCGACGGUCCAAAUCUCGGAGCCCUGCCCGUCGUCGGAGAUCAAGGUCCCGGUCUGCCACGCGACGCAAGCGCUCACGGUCCAAGUCACGAACCAAAACGCGCCGGUCCAAGUCCCGUUCUCCAACCCGCAGGAGGCGAUCUCGUUCACGCUCACCAAAUCCCAGAGGAAGGAGAAAGUCCACAGAAAGGAGUAAGCGCUCUAAGAGUCGCUCGACUGGCCGCAGAAAAAGGUCCAGAUCAGGAGACAGAAGCAGGCGAUCCAGAUCUCGUUCACCAGAUCGUAGACGCAGGUCAAGGUCGAGGGGUCGAGGGAGGCGCCCAGUAUUUCGCAGUCGAUCCUUUGACAGACGAGACAGGUGGAAGAGGGAACCUAGCCACUCUCCAGUUCUCAUCCUCCGCAAACAACGUCGCUCAGGGUCCCGGACACGACGCAGCACCAGCAAGACUCCUCCACGGCUGACUGAUCUGGAUAAGGAUCAGUUGCUCGAGAUAGCCAAGGCUAAUGCUGCUGCCAUGUGUGCCAAGGCCGGGGUUCCAAUUCCUGAGAGUCUUCGACCAAAAGCCAUCCUUCAGCUCCCUCUGCCUACUCCAUCUCCUUCCCCCAUCUCCUUACCUUUGCCAUUGCCCCUUCCAAUGGGCAUGGGAAUGCCAAACAUGCCGAAUAUGCCCAACAUGGGUCCAAUGGGGUUACCAAAUAUUCCAGGAAUACCCAGCAUGUCAAAUAUCACUAUGAGUGCUGCUGUGGCAAGUAUGACAGCAGCUACUAUGACCGCUGCCUUGACCAACAUGGGUGCCCUGGCGGCCAUGCCUCCCCUUGCUCCACUUCCUACAAUAACUAACAAGCCUCCCCCGUGCCUUGUCCCACCAACACCAUCUCUUAACCUGGACCACAUCGAGGAAGCCAAGAGGAAAGUCACUCAGCAGGCUAACAUACAUACCAUCAAAGAGCUUACUGAGAAGUGUAAGAUGAUUGCAAAUAGCAAGGAGGAGAUGGCCACUGCUAAACCACAUGUCUCAGAUGAUGAAAGCUAAACACCCCAACCCUCAAGCCUCUUCCCUCGAAGGACUGAAGGAAAACAUUUUUUUGUCUUUUUCCCCCCCCAAGAGGGCUUUUCUCUCUGUUAGCCAGAUGACGUGACUGAGUGGAGGAGCACUAUAGUUGUCAUACACAACAUAGGAGUACUGGCCACUGCCCCACUCUGCUCCCCGGUUUGUCGGAGUGAGAUACAACCAGACUUCCACCUGUGAUGCCGCUGAGAAAACUGGGGACUCUGGGGCGUGCAACGGUUGGAUGACUGUACUGUGUGUGUGCGUGUGUGUGUUUGUACAUAGUGACUUUCACCACCAACACCUCAGUGUUUCUGCUUAUGCAAGCAGUCACUGUUGUAAAAACUGAAGAGGAAACAAACCAAACUAGUGGCGCAAGUGUUUUUGUAAACUGCCUCCAAGUUUCUCUACAUUUGUUUUACCUUCAUGCUUUCUUAAGAAUUGUGUUCAGUGGAGACUGUUUCCUUGUUCUGCUGUAUUUUUCCCUCGGUUAUCUCUAGUCCCUGAUUUUAUAAAUAAAUAAUGCAUAUUAAGUUAGAGAUAGUAGAUCCUCACGUGUUUUAAUAAGCUUGGAUCUCCAGGGUGAGAGGGUAACCACAGGUUCUUUUGAAGGAAAGAGUCAUUUGAAUACAUAGGUUGCCAAAAAAAAAAAAGAGUGCUUGAAUUGUGGCAAUGAAAAAAGAAUUUCAUUUCACUAAAUAUGACUAAUUCAGUUUGUACUGCCCUGGGUGUGAGUCGCCCCCUCCCCACCCCCCUGUUUUUAUAGCACCAAGCUGAUCUUUGAUUCUGUCCUGGUCUUUCAUUUGGGCUUUGUUGGGAUGUUUUGAACUUGGGAACAUGUUUUGCUUCAAAUUUUGAAAGGGGAGUUUAUUUUUCCAUCAGUUUGGCAACAAGUGCAGUUUGUCAGGCAUGUCAAGCAGUGCAGAUUGAUGGGCUGUCUUGGAGGUACUUAAGACAAGUGGUGAAUAUCCUAAAUUUAGAUCACAGGCAGAAACGGUUGAGAAGGUUCCCUGAUGAGAAAAAGAAGGGUGCAUAUUUAUAGAGUUCAUCAGUACAGGUUUAUCAGGUUUUUAGUUUACACAUUUAAAUGUCAGUUGUUUGUGUUUAUGGGUCUUUUUUUAAGAGGCAGACAUGGCAUGUCAGUUCUAUGAAAGGUAUGGUUUUAUUGUACUGAGCUGGGGCUAGCGCAUGGCUAAUACUGUAGAAUGAGCUGACGAUGCUCUGUUUUUGUGUAUUCGACAAUCAGGUUAUUUCUCUCAAUAUGCUUGUUUUGAAGAAAGAACUAUAGCCGCUUGAAAUGUACACGUCUUGUACUCAGGUGGCAAAUACGAGUGAAUUGAUAUCAAGAAAAGUGUAUUGUGCAAACAUGAAACGCCCAACAAGCCCUUUUGAUUUAAUUUCAUCACAUUUAAUAUUUGCUUUCCAUGUAAAUGCUAUUACAUUAUCCUGUAUUAUGUGGGCCGGGAAAACAUGUUUCAUAGAAUUAAUUUGUCCCUAACUGAAGAACAAAGACAAACUUGGUGCUUUUGGGAAAACUGACAGGGACAAGCUUUUUUUUUUUUUUUUUUUUUUGCUUUUUUUUCUGGUUUUACAAAAAUCUUGCACUCAUAAUUCAUUUUCAUUUAUUUUCAUUAGAGGGAGGAAUAUUUCUGAAUCCAUCUGGCUUUGUCUUCCUCCCAUUCCCAGGGCUGUUUAACUGUAGGAGGGAAUCUGUGAAAGUUUUAACAAGACUUAUUCGGUUGACUUGAUCCCUGAGGUAGCUAUUUUAAUGAAAGAAAAAACAAGAUGACGCAUUUUAGGAUUUUUUUUUUGGUCAUUUGAAUAUUACAUCGCUUGCUUUGUACAUAAAUGUGUUGAUGAUUAUUAAAAACCUCAAUGAUAUGUA